AUGAUUGCUGCAAAGGUUCUCACCGCAGUGGCGGCUUUGGUUCUUCAGCCCGCGUUAGCUGGACCUUGUCGCCCGAUCUCACGGUCAACGACGGCGUCUGCUGAGUCUUCGACUUUGCUCACAUCCACAUCCACGUUCACUUCACUCCCUUCCACUACCGGCCUUACGUCUAUUUCCAUUGUGUCCCUUUCGUCCUCCCGCACUUUGGCUUGGGAAAGCACCACUACAGAUGCCUCUGAAAGUGAGACAGUGACGAAGGAAACUUCGGUCACCGAGACCUCGUCUGAGUCAGCUGCUAGUGCGUCGUUAGUCACUACAGAAGAUUCUUCGAGUAUUAUCUCUUCUGCUACAACUACAUCUGGGCUUUACACUACUGAGUCUCAGACAUCGCAAGCCUUGACGGUUGGUUUAACCACCACCGAGGACAUUUCUACUACAACGGAGACCUCUUCAACCACCGUCACCUCCAUCACUACAACCAACCGAUCCUCCUCAUCAGAGGCUUCUGAUACUCAGACUGCCAGUACCGAGCCUCAUACUACAUGGACUGAUACUGCCACCAUCACUACAACCGCCCAAUCCUCAUUAUCAGAGGCAUCUGAUACUCAGACUGCCAGUACUGAGUCUCAUACUACAUGGACCGAUAGUGCGACUACUACAGACGUGUCUUCGACUGCUGAAACCUCCUCGACUGUAGUUGAGGUAUCAACUACAGCUGAGUCAACGACAACUUAUGCUAGCGCUUCUGCCACCUCGACCCUCGAAGCGUUUACAAUCACCUCUAGCUUCACAACCUUGACUACGGCUGCUACUACCACUAUCAUGACAUCUACAUACACCACAACAACUGAGGCUGCAUCUACAACAAGUGAGGAGUGCCAGAUUUACCCUUAUAUGCUGAUUUAA